UUGUUUAUGCGAUUAGCACAUCUCUCUUCUCCUUCAACCUAUUGAUUGCCUAUGCGUACAAUCUGUAGUCAAACAUAACUUCAAGAAUUUUGAUUGACAAACUGUAGUAAGCCUGUCGUGGCGUGAAAUGGCAUCAACUCAUUUACACGCUAGUCGAUCGGUUGGAAAUCUCCCUGCGAUAGGAAAAAGAGAAGAUGGCGAAGGCUUAGAGUCAUGUGAAAAGACAAACUUUGAAGAGUACAGUCCAGACUGUCACUCGGCCGUCGAUGGGAUCUUAAGAGACACGAUAAGCGACUUGCAGAAGGCACUCUAUGAAUCAAAACGCUUACUAUCUGAGAGAGAUAAUGAGAUCCUGUCACUCAGAAAUGAAGUGGAAGAAAUGAGACGUCGUACGAAGAGUUCUCCUUGCACAAGCGUAACAAUCGAAGAAGAGUUUAAGAAAUCUCAACGAAAAGUCAUUGAACUAGARAAGACUAUCCAGCAGCUCCAAGCGGACAUAUCGACMCAACGCUCGCAAAARAAUGACAUUUUAAAACAAUCUCAGGAAACUGAAGCAAAUCAGAAUGGAGGCCACACUUGCUAUUGCGGGUCAAUGUGUGUUGCUAUGAAAGAAGUAGUAGAUUUGAAGAGAAAACUCCAUCAAACUGAACAAAAAUAUAUCCACUUGAAACGAAAUAUGAGGACAAUGGAGAGAAAUCGAGUGAAAGUUGGAGUUGCACAGAGGGACAGUCCAUGUUCUGUUAGUUGAUUGGUGUGUGACGGUAUGUAACGCGCCAUUCCUUAACUUCUCACCCACGUGGUAGGUUAAGGAAUUGAWGAURUCUUUCUGUGAAAGAUUCAACUAAAAUUGUAUCWCAAGCGAAAGGAUUAAGGAUUAUAAUAACAAAAGUAAGCUUAUUGUUUAAAUCUAUGAUCAAACCUCAAUGAUAAACAACCAGACAGUAACACUUUGGCUUUAUAAAUGAAAUGAUAGUAAAACCUUUCAAAUAGGCUAACUAAAAUCAAUUUAAUCCAGUUAGUUUACAACUAUAACCAAACAAUCCUCGGCCACAAUGCGGAAAUUGUAUUCUUUUUUUGGAAAUUACUUAGUAACAAAACAUUUUUAAAUAAUAGARAUGUUUAUAAUCUCUUGAGAAGAUUGAACAAAGACAAUAUGGCUGUCAGGAUUUCUCUUUGGAAUCACACGCACCUUAAACUUUGUCUCGUUAAUGAGGAUUGAAAGCUUCAAAUGCCCCGCCCUYGACCCGUCGAUUUACAUGUGGCUAUAGGUAACACUAAUGGAAAACAAUUUUGUUUUGGGACUAAAAAUUGUUCAUUUUUGGAGCCUUAUUGUCAAUUUGAAUAGAAGUACAGGUUUCGCUUCAAUUUUUGUGUGGCAUUCUGGAASSUUUGAUUUWAUGGUAWASGAUAUCACGCGCUUUGAGUGUGUGUCAGUCUUCAUUUUCAUCAAACAUCAUAAAAGAGCCACCCAUUAAUAUAAAUCACCUGCCUUCAUUCAUUGCUAUAUAUUGAGCCAAAAUCUUAGAAUUUUAAAGUAACUACCCCACAUCACAACGAUUACGGGGUUUAUAUCGAGAGUAAAGUUCUUUCCAAGCAUAAAAUCUCUUGCCCAGUAAGUCAAAUAAAGGAAAGUGAAUCCAAUAAUUUUACAAACAAACCAUCAAGCUAUCACACGCAUGACUAGUUUUACUGGGUAUAGUGGUGCUUAAACUAAAACAACUACCAGUACAUCCCAAGAUGAACUUUCUUUGAUAUUAGCGCGUCUUGGGCAAAGGGUAAUAUGUAUGGAUUGAUGGCUGUUCAAAGUUCAAUUGGCGUUGAUUAGCGGUUUUUACUCUUAACCCRAGGAUUUUCACUGACUGGACUUCAAAUUGACAAACCAAGCUACAAAAGUAGUUUGUGUCCAGACCAAUGAAUUGGUUACCGUACGGUAGACUUUAGAAAGUCGUAGACGCCAAACGUUUCACGUAGUCUAGUAACGCCUAUGAAAACAACGUGACUCACAGACCACGUCCAAYCUUGUCACUCAAUGGCCCGUUUCGAUUUUGCCUCGAAAGCGACAAAAUGUGACUUACUUAUUGCGUUGCUUGGUGACCGUAUAGUUACUAUAGCAACUUGAAGUAAGUUACCUCAGUAACGUCAUGGCAACGAUUCCUUAAAAUAUUUGCGCCGCAGGAUGAGCGCUCYAAUUUCAAUGAAUAUCGAUUUAAUUUAACACAAUUUAAUACAAUAUUUAAUAAGAAAUAUAUUGAUAAUUAUGUUCAAAGAACUUAUUUAUAUGCAAUUAUAUAACAAUAGUUGUUAUGGUAACGUGAGAUGAAUGGUAACCAUGACAACACUCAUGUAAAUAUAAAAUCGCAUUUAUACAUGUAAAGAAUAUGUAAUAAAGGUUAAGUUAAUAUUA